CUCGUCGAGCAGCGAUAGACCCAUUGGCGAUCUCUCAGCUGGGCUCCAGCAGUGUAUAAUGCGUUUCAUUGCAUCUCCUUCCUCUCCUUAGAAGAUUUCUCUCCCUUCGUUCCCUCUUCGUCGCAGCGUGUCCGUGGGUGGCAACGCUGCCUCAUAAUCUCGCCGCACCUCAUAUCCGCACCUCCGCUCGUGGCCUGGUCCGCGCCGUGAUACGGGCCGCGGCGCUUUUGCUAUGAGCCUGUCUUCGCGGGUGUAUAACUUCUUCACCUCGGCGGGCUCAUCGAUCUCCUCUCCUUCACAUACCGGCGGGCGGAAUGAUUCGGCGGCGGUGACGGCCGGCGCAGGCAGCGUACCAAAUGGCGUACGGGAGGAUGGCGCCGUUCGACCAAGGGAGCCGCAGAUAGGAGAUGAAGAGUACCGGUCGCCGUAUCUACAUUCUAUGCUUGCCGGUGGCAUUGGCGGAACGACCGGGGACAUGCUGAUGCACACUCUAGACACGGUGAAGACCCGGCAGCAGGCCGAUCCGCAUUUCCCGCCCAAAUACACCUCCAUGUCCUCGUCGUAUAUGACCAUCUUGAGGGAAGAGGGGAUUCGUGGGCUGUACAGUGGUGUUACUCCGGCAUUCUUUGGCUCGUUUCCGGGUACUCUCAUCUUCUUUGGAGUGUAUGAGUUCAGCAAGAGGCAUAUGCUCGAUGCAGGGAUCAAUCCUAGUGUGACAUAUCUGACUGGAGGUUUCCUUGCGGAUCUGGCUGCCUCGAUCGUAUAUGUCCCUUCGGAGGUGCUAAAGACCCGGUUGCAGCUCCAGGGACGAUAUAAUAACCCUUAUUUCACUUCCGGCUAUAAUUAUAGAUCGACUAGAGACGCAUUGCGGACAAUUGUUCGCCAGGAAGGUUUCUCAGCACUGUUCUACGGAUACAAGGCGACCAUUUUCAGAGACCUGCCGUUUUCUGCGCUGCAGUUCGCCUUUUAUGAGCAGGAACGAGAACUGGCCCAGGAAUGGGCGGGCACUAAGGAUCUUAGCCUCGGGCUGGAGAUUUUGACUGCCACGACGGCUGGUGGUAUGGCGGGAGUCAUGACUUGCCCGAUGGACGUCGUCAAGACCAGAAUCCAGACGCAAUUGAAUCCCAGCAGCUCGGGAUCGGAAGCUCGGUCCACUGAGAAAUCCGUGAAGAGCGAUGGGUCGCGGCAUCAGUCCACUCAACCAUCAGCUACGAGUACGCGGACGCACGCACGUCCCAUCUGUACUUCGACGCCGUCAAUGUCCCGGCCUGGUGCUACCGUCCUCGACACUUCGUCCUUCUUCACGGGUCUGAAGAUCAUCUACAGGACAGAAGGAAUCGUCGGAUGGUUCCGUGGCGUGGGUCCACGAGGUUUAUGGACCAGCGUCCAGAGUGGAACGAUGCUGGUGCUGUAUCAGUUCCUCCUGAAACAGAUGGAUUCGUGGCAGACAGUGGAUGAUCUGCGACCAUUAUGAUUUACUAGAAUCGUUCUUUUUUUCCCUUCCAGCUCGAAUGCGGCCGGACGAAUGCUCUGUACCCAGAGGCAGACUUGGAUAGAAGCAUGGGAUGAGCGGGCGGCAUGUUGGGCGUUUCACGGUCGUCAUUUGGCAUUUUUCUGUAUCUGCACGCAUGUUGGACUGGUGUCCGUUGAUAGAUUUUGUGCUGUAUGUGUUGAUAGAGCUGGACACGCUGUACGAUAGGCUCGAAUAGAUCGAUCAUCGCUUCUUCCAAUAAUGUAUACUCUAGAUAUAAAUAUG